UUCCGCAAGCCUUCACUCGACACUCCCAAUUCUCUGCAAUAAGAACUAAGAAGCUCGAUAUCUUUCACUCUUACAAGUCAAACCCAGUAAUUUUCCCAAGAAAAUUAAGGGAAAGCCUAGGAGAAAAUUUCCUACAAACCAUUUCUUAUCCUACCAUAUCUUACUAUGUAUGGUAAUUGGUAAAAUAUAAGUUUGUAUUCUCUGUGAUUGGUUUUAGAUACAAGGUACAACAAUGGCGGGAAUAGCAAUAGUUUUGGAUUUAUUACGGAAAAAUCCAAGUUUUUAUACAGGCCAAAGCCUCCACUCUUAUGGGUUGUUCUCAGCCACCGCUGCCGCCUCUGCCGCCGCAGCCGCCAUAUCCGCCGGAACCCCUUUUGCCUCCAGGGCGUUGUUUGGGAUACCAGUCGCUCAUUGUGAUGCUGGUGCAUCAUUGGAUGAAGAUUACAUUUCCCGUAUACGAAGUGCAACUGCAAAUAUCUUUCAGCAUGAUUCUUUGAAAUACAAAACAAAAGAGUACAAAAUUGAGCUAAAGCCUUUGUUCUCAGCUUUUGAAUUGAGGGCGUUUGCUAUGACUUCCUUGAGAUCAUUUUUGAUGUUCUAUUUGCCUCUUUUGGAGCCUCAUUCGAACGUUGAAGAGGAUGACGAUGAAUUCCUUCAGAACGCUCAAGAAGAGCACCAUGUAGAUUUAGUUGUUCCUUUCAAAAAAUCAGUGAAGCAAAUCAUCCGUGAGAUUACAGUUGUAACUACUAGACGAGUGCUGGAACGAAUUGCUGUCCAUUAUGUUUCACAAAGGAUGACAUGGAAACUUUUGAAAGACGUUCCCAAAUCUGCUGUGCGCAAGGCUGGAAGAGGGAUGCCUACAUUGGUUUACUUCUUCAGCGUUAGCAGGACAACUUUCAGAGGACACUUUCUAGGGGUUGCAGCAACAUGGCUUGUUCAAGUUGGCAUCGAAAUCUACAGAUACUUUUCUUCUAUGAUGAAAGAGAGUGAUGAUGUUGAUAAAGCAGAAAAAGUUAAACUUCUCGGGAAAAAGGUCUCCAGUGCUACUGUGAGGUGUGGUUCAUCACUAGUUUUUGCUUCCAUUGGAGCAGGGCUUGGUGCCACCUUUUUUCGGCCUUCAGCCGGCCAGUGGAUUGGCUGUGCUGUUGGGGAUUUGGCUGGGCCCAUUAUUGUAUCAGUUUGCCUCAAGAAAGUCUUGCAUGUGGACCUUUAAACACUGGGUUCAAUUAUCUGUCAUAUUCAUUGCAUCUGCUUAAAUUUGACUAGUUUACUUGAAAAAUGUUGAGGUAUUUGAUAAUAUGUCUCUAAAGAGUAAUGUUAACAUUUAACUCUUAUCUCUCU